AUGGUCUCGUACAUUAUUGGCGCCAAUGCCCAUGGCAAGGAUGCAUUCAGGGGUCGCUUGCCGACCAUAUUUGAAAUCCAGGAAUUCAUCGAAAGUGCAUGGGAUCUUGGCAUUAACUCGCAGGGCCGGCUCGAGACUGGUGGCAUCAAAGGGACUCGAAAAUACAUUGGCACGCCAGAGGCAAGACAACUUCUCGCGCAUGAACCAGAGGAUCUGCUGACUUGUGUGGUCUACAGGCCCAAGCACUCUUUAUGUGUCGCUCAGGGAUUCAAGGACCCUGAGCCAGGAAAGUCCGAGGCCAAGCUGAUGAUGGCUGUCGAACAGUAUUUCAGGCAGGGAACACAUGGCCAUUCGUUGACAAUCGUUGGUUUUGAGAGACAGAAGCAUGGUCCUGCUAACCUGCUGGUCUUCGAUCCCAUGUUCCGGGAUCCACCGGCGCUCUCUCGCCUCAUCGGCCAGACAUUUAAGCACAGGUCGGCCGAUGAAUCACUGAAACCUUAUCGUCGGGGCGCCAAAUACCUCCGGCGGUAUCGCGAGUUCGAACUCCUCAGGUAUGCCAUUCGCACAAUGAACUAG